AUGGGGCGGAGGGAGUCCCCGGGCUCGGGAGGGAGGGAGGCACUGACGCAGGAUUGGGGGGCCCCACGCGGGGCGAUCUCCGGGGCAAGUGGGGUCCGGCUGGCGGGGAAUCGCGGCUCCGCAGACGCCGCCGGGGUGCGGUGCGGCGCAGGCGGAGGCGGGACGGGGUGGCCUGAGGUUGGGCGGGCGGCGGGCGGGAAGCGCGAGGGCUCGGCCUCGGCCUCGGCUUCGGCUCCUCCUCCGCCGCCGCCUCCUCCCGGGGCCGCCCCGGGGAGCUUCUGCUUCUGCUCCUGCUCCGCGUCCCCGUCCCCGUCCCCGGGUGACCCGGGCAGCCCGCGCCAGGGCAGCCGGGGGCGGGGCCAAGCCGUCGGUCCCCAUGGCAACGGCGGUGGGCGGGGCCUGGCGCGGCGCGGCGGGCGGGGCCGCGGGCGCAGGAAUGAGCAGCCGCGGAUCACGCUUUGUUCACAUGCCUCGCCUGUCGCCUUCCGCCUCCCCACCCCCGCCCCCCGCCCUCCGCCCCCGCCCGCCCGGCUUCAGCCAAUCCGCGCCCGGGCCGCCCGCCCUAGCCAGCCAAUAGCGAGCCAGGGCGGGCGGCGGCAGCGGGGGGGCGGGGACGAAGAAAGAAUGGAAAUGAUUUCUGAACGAUCAAAGGAGUCCAUGUACUCCUGGAACAAGACGGCAGAGAAAGGCGAUUUUGAGGCGGUGGAGGCCUUGAUGACCAUGAGCUGUAGCUGGAAGUCUGAUCUCAGGAAAUACAAGGAAACCAGACCCGUGACCCCGGCCUCUGACCUGUCCGAGGAAGAGAGCUUGGUGCCCGGCACGCCUGACUUCCACGCCAUUCCUGCUUUUUGCUUGACUCCACCUUACAGCCCUUCAGACUUCGAAUCCUCCAACCUGAUGACACCGGCGCCACCUCCUGGACACUUCAAAUCCUUUGCCGAAGCCCUUGCGAAGCCUCCCUUGGCUGCCCUGGUGAAAGAGGAGGACAAGGGCCCGGUCCCUAAGCUCCCCAAGGCGCAGGCCACCAGCGUGAUUCGCCACACGGCCGAUGCCCUGCUCUGGGACCACCAGCCCUGCCCCGUGAAGGCUGCCAGCGGCCUUGCUAGUCCGGAGAGCGCUUUUCCAAGGAGAACUCAGCCUCAGGCCCAGGCCACCAGGAAGGACGUUCCUCGUGCUGCCGUGUCCCCAAGCCGGGCCAAGUGCGAAGAUGUCCCGGUGGCCGACGUCAGCGAGAAAGUCAGCGCUACUGCCCUCUAUGACUUUCCCACGCCCCCAGCCGAGUCGGUCAUCUGCAGGCCACAGCCCGGCCCCAUGUCCCCACUGCAGAGGUCUGUGGUGGUCUCGCCCCCGGCCGUGUCGGCGGGGGGAGUCUCCCCGCUGCCUGUCAUCUGCCAGAUGCUCCCUCUCCCUGCCAGCAACCCCGUGGUGACCACGGUGGUGCCCAGCACACCACCCAGCCAGCCACCCAGCGUCUGCCCGCCCGUGGUGUUCAUGGGAACUCAGGUGCCCAAGGGUGCAGUCAUGUUUGUCGUGCCCCAGCCCGUGGUGCAGGGUCCCAAGCCUCCGGCAGUGACCCCCAAUGGCACCAGACUCUCGCCUAUUGCACCUGCCCCUGGCUUCCCCCCUUCGGCAGCCAAGGUCCCUGCUCAGAUGGACUCCUCACGCGUGAGAAGCCACAUCUGUGGCCACCCGGGAUGCGGCAAGACCUACUUCAAGAGUUCUCACCUAAAGGCCCACAUGAGGACACACACAGGAGAGAAACCUUUCAGCUGUAGCUGGAAAGGCUGCGAAAGAAGGUUUGCCCGCUCCGAUGAACUUUCCCGACAUCGCCGCACCCACACGGGGGAGAAGAAAUUCGCCUGUCCCAUGUGUGACCGGCGCUUCAUGCGGAGCGACCAUUUGACCAAGCAUGCACGGCGCCAUCUGUCUGCCAAGAAGCUGCCCAACUGGCAGAUGGAAGUGAGCAAGCUCAAUGACAUUGCCCUGCCGCCCACCCCAGCGCCCGCACAGUGACGGUCAGGCAGGGGAAGAGGAAGGAGCCAGAACUAGUCAUAGGGGUCCCAGCUGGGAGCCGUUGGUGAGAGAACU